AUGGUGACUUUCAUAUCCUCUACAGAGUGCUGUGGUUUGUUGAAAUGUCGUCCUACCGGUUUGCCUUCCAGUCGUUUGUUCGUUACGUCGUUUGUUCGUUACGUCUGCUCUGUGAUUGUUCAUUCGUUGAUGGAGGCAUUGUCCCGUCUCUGCGACAUAUUGCAUGCCACACUUCGUGUAGCACUUGUCACUGGAUUUGUAUGGGAGCAUGCGAGUGAGUAUUUGAAUCUCAUGAAUCAACCGAUGGCAAAAUACACUGAAAUGAUGCUUUAUCCAGACACUAGCCCGCAGAGAAUAAAGACAGAGGAUGGAUGGACAGCUCUGCAUUAUGCUUGUUUCAAAGGUCAUUUGUCUAUUGUUGAGAAAUUAUUGUCAGCAGGAUGUGACAAGGAAGCAAGGAAUGAUGAUGGAUCAACACCUUUAAAUUUUUCCUGCUCACCAUAUUCCUGUUAUGAUUCUCAUCUGUCAAUUGUUAACUUGUUGAUAUCAUCAGGAGCUGAUGUGUCAGCAGUAGACAAUUUCACAUUUGUUGAAGCUUAA